UGAAGCACGGAUGGCUUGACAGCGUUUUGCAAGCUACGGGUAGACGUCUUGAUUGGAUCAAAUUAUUCCACACUUUUUCUUUGUGUUUGUAUGAUUCCAUUGCGCCACAGACAUAAGGACCGCUUUCCCUCCAGUGCGUAAGUGAACCACAUUUUUUGGUGAUCUAUUGAGUGGAGGCAAGUUAAUUUUUGACCUAACUUCUGAGUUCUUGGAUUACUUGGUGGGGGGGCCAAGGGACCUGGCAAUGGGAGCGUGCCUUUGCUGUGCCUCGUACAUUUUUACAGCCUGGUGCCAAGGGACAACAACAACAUGGGAAGCGGUAGUAGUCGUGGAAAGAAGGUUGCACCUGGGAGUGUCAACGAGAUAAAUGCAUUCAAAGGAGAUGACAACACAGUCCAUGUUUCGAAAGAGGAAAGUCACUUGUUCAAACCAUUGAAUAUACACAAAUUGACGAACUUCAAUCAGUCACGAAACAUAACGCAACAACUGGACUGCCACAGUGAAGGACACGACUCGGAAUUUUCAGCAGAGGAUGAUGACGUUGAUAUGGAACUGGACCGGGUUCUAGAGGAAUAUGACAAUCGGGAAUUGCGUUCCAAAAGGAAAACUUUUGAAAAGACGCUUUUAAUCGGGUCAGACACGUAUGGAUUCUGUAAUUCCAAACGGGUCCACAAUGAAAGCGAUUUCAAUUCAACCCCUCACUUGCAGAGUUCUGAGUUGUCGGAAGGGACGGGGGCACAUUGUCCAUAUAACGGUUCUGUAGGAGUCAUCAACAAGGACAAGCAUGUCUUUCACCACAUUUCCAAAGAUACACACAUUCAGUUCCCAAGCGCCACUCAGGAAAAUGACUUCUUGACAAAGGGAACUUGGGUGGAAUCAGUGCCUCGCUCAGAAUCAGACUCAGUCCCUGAUGAUAGCCAUGGCCCCUCUCUUUCCACGCCCGUUGUCCUGUAUGAUGGAUCAGAAGUGGACCUGAUGGAGACCAUAGAGAGAGAGUUUAGUUGACCCCACAGGACCUGCUCACAUUUCCUGCAUUCACUUUUGGAGAAGCACAUUGCUCAUUUUAAAGAUGUACUAUAUUGCUCAAAUUCUAAUAGUUCGCUUAAUUUCAGUUUAUGUGUCAAAACAAGCAAGUUUAGUGUAAGGAAUCAUUGUACCAUCUAAAUCGCUGUGAAAUAUAUUUACGAUAACCAAAAAUAUAGUAUUUUCAGCUGUUUGAAGCUGGUGUACACAACCGCAAGAAAAAUACGCAAAAACUGGGAAGCAUAGAAGCAUAGAAUUGGAGCACAUAGAACAGAUCUACCACUCCUUAGACUUGCUUCCGAUGACAAUAAAAGAUCUACAAUAACAGAUCUACACAUUUCUAUGUGAAUUUGGUCAGGUCCCCCCAAAAUGCAGGACAACUUUUGAACCAAGGAGUUGUUGUUUUUUUGUUAUGAAUUGAUGAUAGGUGCUGUAGCAGUCAGUUGAAAAACAAUACUGCAUUUGCAGCACCAUGCAGGGCACCCACCGUCAACUGAUUUACUAAACUAUGAAUUUUCUCCAUGGUUAUGUCUCUCAAUGGCUAAUAGACAGAACCAUCCAUUUCCAUGUGGAAUUCAACAUCAAAUCGGACCACAAAAAUGCUGAAGGAACAAUUCUUUCCACGGUCGUAUAAAUAUUUGUCAUUGAGCAAUGUACUUGUGGUUUUGUAUUCUUACUGUUGCAUAACUUUAGAAUAAAAGAGCUGAAGGAUGUUGCACUCAUU